CUUUCUCUCUCUCUCUCUCUCUCUCUCUCUCUCUCUCUCUCUCUCUCUACGAAAAUGGAUAUCAAUGGUAAUGCCUUGAUAUGGGGAACGAUUGCGCUAGCGGCAGGUCUGAUUACGACAAGCAUGGCAGCAACGACAUACACAGUCGGGGACUCAGUUGGGUGGACGUUUGGUGUGGAUUAUAGCACAUGGGCCAGCAGCAAGUCCUUUGCCGUGGGCGAUACCCUAGUGUUCAACUAUGGAUCAGGUAUGCACACAGUGGACGAAGUCCGGAAAAGCGACUACAGCACCUGCACCACCGGAAACUCGAUCACCACCGACAGCAGCGGGACUACCAGCAUCCUUCUCAGGACCACCGGUACUCACUACUUCAUCUGUGGGGUGGCUGGCCACUGUUCAGGCGGUAUGAAGCUUGCUAUCACUGUGGCAGCUGCCGGCUCAACCGUCAUCACGCCACCCUCAAGCCCCGCCACCACCAACUCACCUCCUUUGACCGCAAGUAACAGUAACUGCACAAGUACUACAAACCCAGGAAUAUUACCUAACACUUACUAUUAUCCUUAUAACUGGUCCUUGGGGACUAGAGUUCGUAUUCCAUGUGAUUUGUUCUUCACUUCCAUAAUAGCAUUUGCCGGUGUUGUCUUGUGAUUUAGAUCAAUAACGUAUAUACAUAACACUAUAGUUUGUAUUCCUUUUCCAUAUGUAUAGGUAGUCUUUCUGUGGUGGUGUUCUUGGUCCUAGAAUUUAUUACUUAACAGUUAAUUGAUGCAUGAUCAUGGAUGACUGUCAAAUAAAUUACUGAUUGAAGUGGUAAGUA